GUCUGGUUCAACAGAAACCAUCUUGCGCGUCGAACCCUUUCUUCCGUCUAAACUUAGGACAACCUAAAGGCAAAUUAAGUAUCCCAUCCUUUCACGUUGGCGAGGUUGUUCAACCUCUAUUGUAAAGCGCAUCGCUGUCUGAUUCCACCGGUAUUCGACCCUCAUCUCGAACGUCUCCUUACGCUUCUCCAUACCUACGCCCUUUUAGAAUAGAAGGUGUCCGAUAUCCAAAAUGGCCACGAACGGUAACGCCCCGAAAGAAAUAACGGCGGCACAGCUCCCCGACCUGCUCGCCAAUGACAACUCGGUCAAGCUCGCUGGUAUCGAUGUUGACGGCCAACUGCGCGGCAAGCUUGUAUCCAAGAAGAAAUUUCUCUCCAUUGCCGAAUCAGGUUUCGGCUUCUGCUCUGUCAUCUUCGGGUGGGAUAUGCACGAUCAGACGUACAUAAAAGAGCUGAAGGUCAGCAACAAGGAGAACGGAUACAGGGACAUCAUUGCUAUCCCAGAUCUGAACAGCUUCCGGCGCAUUCCGUGGGAGAACAAUGUGCCGUUCUUCUUAAUCAGCUUCCAUGACCCCGACACCAUGGAACCUGUGUCGGCUUGCCCGCGCGGUCUUUUAAGGAAGCAGUUGGCAAAGUUGAGUGAGAAGGGGUAUGGAGCCAUGGCUGGAGCCGAGUACGAAUUCUUUCAAUUCCGAGCGCCGUCAGAAAACGCUUCCGAUUCAACAGCGUCGUACCUGAAGGAGAACCCUCCCCAUUCACUACCAUCCCUGACCGAGGGCAUGUUUGGCUACAGCUUGACGCGACCCGUCCACAACAAGGAUUACUACUACGAUAUCUUCAAUACAUGCGAACAGUUCCAGUGCAACAUCGAGGGCUGGCAUACCGAGAGUGGACCGGGUGUAUUUGAGGCUGCCCUCGAGUUUGGAGAAGUUAAGCAAAUGGCCGACCGUGCCAGCUUGUUCAAAUAUGUCGUAAAGUCUGUGGCCACAAAGUACGGGAUCACUCCUUGUUUCAUGGCCAAGCCCAAGCAAGGUCUCCCCGGAAACAGCGGACAUAUGCACAUCUCCCUCGUUGACAAAGAUGGCAAAAACCUCUUGGCUCGUGAAGAAGUCGACCCCAACGCCCCAUAUCCCGAUGUGGCUUAUCUCUCGGACCUGGGCAGACACUUCCUUGCCGGAAUCCUUGAGGGUCUGCCAGAUGUCAUGCCUAUGGUUGCACUAACCAUCAACAGCUACAAGAGACUUGUUGAAAACUUCUGGGCACCUGUAACCGUCUCCUGGGGUUUGGAGCACCGUGCCGCUUCUAUCAGGCUUAUCGGUCCUCCGGGCUCCAAGGCUGGUGCGACCCGCUUCGAAAUCCGCGUCCCCGGUGCGGAUGCCAACCCGUUCUACGUCUUGUCCGCCGUGCUAGCAUUGGGCUGGCGCGGUGUGGAGAAAAAGCUUGAGAUUCCUUGCCCACCGCUAGGCAAAGGAGAGCAGGUUGGUGGAGUGACGGAUGCGGGUGCUAGGCUAGCCAAGAGUCUGAAGGAGGCUACGGACCGGUUCAUGAGGAAGGAUAGUAUCGCGAGGGAAGUAUUUGGAGACGAGUUUGUGGACCAUUAUGGAGGGACGAGAGAGCAUGAGAUCCGGCUCUGGGACGAGGCCGUCACGGACUGGGAGAUGAAGAGGUACAUCGAGACCGUCUAACCUACCGAACGCUUUCCUUUGUUUUAGUCAUGAGUCACGCCUGAUGAGUCAUGCGGCUUACAGUUCUCGGAUGGUGAUACGCUGGAGUCCCUUUGAGUUGAAUAGCUUUACUCACAUCGUUCAAACAGUUCAAUGCGAUACCCAGUUAUGUCUUUGAUUGGUUCUUUUUGUAACUCGGAUGGGGGCACCUUUGAGUUUUAAAUCUUAUACCACUUCAUCCAUCACACUCC